AUGACAACUCCCGAACUCACUCUCAUUGUCGCGGCGACCCGCAGCAUGGGCAUUGGCUUCCAGGGCACCAUGCCCUGGAAAGGCCUCAAGAGAGAAAUGCAGUAUUUUGCGCGUGUGACGACGCGAGUUCCCACUUCAUCACAGCCCCCCAUCCAAAACGCCGUCAUCAUGGGCCGCAAAACCUGGGACUCCAUCCCCCCCAAGUUCAGGCCUCUCAAAAACCGCCUCAACAUUGUCAUCACUCGCUCCGCGCCGGCCAACCCACCACCGUCCCCGCCUCCAGCUGAUGCCGAGGUCCGGGUCCCCUCCGUAGAAGCGGCGCUGAGGUAUGCGGCAGAGGCAAGCUCGAUCAACGGCGGCGGCACGGCGGCACGUGUAUUCGUCAUGGGAGGCGCGCAGAUCUACGAGGCGGCGCUGACGCAUCCGUUGGCGAAGCGCGUGCUGCUGACGAGCAUUGAUUCCGAGUUUGAGUGCGAUACGUGGUUCCCGCUGGACUUGACGGGUGGCAAGGCCGAAGGGUGGGAGAGGAAAUCGAAGGAGGAGCUGCAGGCGUGGACGGGCGAGGAGAUUGACGAGGGAGGACAGGAGGAGGCUGGCGUCAAGUACGAGUUUCAGAUGUGGGAGAAGAAGGAUUGA